CAGGAGCCCCAAUACAUUCUCAGACAGAGGAAAAUAUGGAACUGGAUAGCCCAGUUUAUAGUGAACAUCAGCUAUGUAAUAAAAGAACAGAAGAAGAAGAACAGCAAGAGCUACAGAAAGAGAAAGAUACUGAAAAGGCCCCUGAGAAAGACAAAGUGGAGGAAGAAUGCACAGAUGAGGAGCACAAUGAAACUGGAAAACAGGAUAUAACAUCUGAGGGACAAAAACCAACAGAAGAUUUGGAAAGACAAAUAAACGUACAGAGGACAAUUGUAGAGGAAAUCAUAGAUGAGCAUGUGCAAGAAGCUGUAAAAUCUGGAGAGCAUUCAGAAGCAACAACAAUGGCAGCGGACACAAAUAUUCAGGAAACAGAAAAUGAUCAAAAUAUUGCUCUAGAAGAUAAGCAUGCAGACAGUAAUGUAGAAAUAAGCUAUCUUGCUCAUGAGGUCGCAAAAGCUGUCCAGGAAACCUUAGAAAAGGAGGUACCAGUUAGCACAGAGCGAAGUCUCAGACGCAGAACAAUACAAAUUCAGUCUCCGCUAAAAAGGAAAUCAAGACGUCUACAAAAACAAGAGGCUAAAGCUUUUGAAGAUAAAACUACAAAAGUCCCAAUAACAGGAAAGGCAGUUGAUGAGCAUCAAGAGGCUACAAAAAUAGAUGAUAAGAAGCAAACACUUCAGAAAUCAACUGUAGAGGCAACUUUGGAGGAGAUCCUACCUGUAGAAACAGAACCCGAAGAGUGUGUAGCAGAAAAAGUAGAAAAUAUGGAGAAUAAGGAAAUACAUUCAGGAAAUGAGGAGGCACAUAAGAUGGAAAGAGAAGAAGCCAUUUUAGAACAACAGAAAAACGAGGACUUGGUUGAAAACAUCAUAGAGACUGAUGAAAUUUCAAUGGUUACAAAAGGGCAGAUUUACAUUGUAGAGGAAACCACCGUACACGCAGAGUUAGAAUUAACGAAAGAAGCAGAUACAAGCAGAAAUGAAGAUGAUUCAUUGAUUACAAUAGAAACUGUACGAAGUAAAACAGUAGAGACUAAUGCUGAACUUCUAAAUGUAUAUGGGGAUAUGGUUUCUGUGAGUGGAAAUGUGGAAACUAAUUCAGACGAACAAGGGAUAGACUCAUCAAAUGAUGGAGGGAAGGUUGAUGAAAGUUUGCAUAACAUAUCUACAGAUAAAGAAGAUGUUGAUAUCGAGGGAUCAACUAAAACAACUGAAAACACAGUAGAAGAAGCACAAAAAGAUUUAGAUGAGGGAGUUCAGGAAGAACAAAAACCUGGGGAAAACACAGACCAGGAACAAGAGAAGAACAGUCAGGAUAAGACAGAAAAUGAAAUGAUUACUUAUCAAGAUGCAGUGUCUCAGGAGGACAAUGUUUGGGAAACCAAUCCAGCAGCUAACUUUAGGGCAACAGCUGUUGAGGCAAAGGUUGCUUUAGAAAACACAGAUCAGGAAACAACCUUAAUUACGAGAAGAAGUCUCAGGUCCCGAACAGUAACAGUCCAAUCUACACCAGGAAGAACGCCAAAACGGCUCCACAGACAGAAGGUGGAGCCAGAAAAAGAAACAAAGAGUGACAAAUGUGGAAAUGAAAAUGACUCGGCAUUACCACAACUAGCUGAUGAUUUAAGUAUCACUGUAGAAAGUAUUGCUGAAUUUGAAGACACAAAGGAUCAAGAGGACAUUAUUCAGCUAAAUACUGAAGAUAUGGUUGCAGAAAUUGAGACAAGAGAGGAUACAGUGGAGGAGGGAAAAGAAAUCCAAGAAAAAAAUGAGCUGGAGAAGACUCACAAUGACAAUCUUGAGAGAGAUGUUCAGGUCUCUAAAGAACAGGAUGAGGUCUCUGAUGUACUGGAUAAAGAGAAGCAACUCAAAGAAAUUCAAAAUGAGAGUGCUGCAGGUGUGCAAGGAUGUUCUUAUGAUACGGAGGAAACAAGAAUAACCCUUAGAAAAAGAACCAUAGUGGAAGAAGCUGCUCCAAGAAAAUCCAAACGUUCUCGCAAAGAAGUACACAGUGAAGAUAUCGAGCACAUAAAGGAAGCAGUUAUGGGGCAAUCUGAGUCAAUAGAGGACAAUGUAGAGCUGAGGUCAGAUGAAUCCUCAGUCAUUUUUGAGGUUAGUAAUUCACAGGAAGAAAUAUUACAGGAAAUUCUGAGUAAUACAGAGGAAAGCAACAGACAAAUAGAAACGACAGAUGAAACACUCGGGACAGUGAUAUCUGAGCAAUGUCUGGAGGCAGAAGAACAACAACUUGAGUCCAGUGCAAAUGAAGGUUUCACUUUAGAGUUGGAGGUAGAGGAAACAUCUGAUCUAGAGGAAAACAAAGUAGAUGAGGAAAACAGCAUGUCCAUUGAGCCUCCAAAAGUGGUAUCCACAUCUGCAGAAAAAUUAGAAGGUGAAGAAAAUACCUCUGAUAACGACGAGAAAGGGCUUUCCAUUAAAAAGCAUGUUUGUCAGAGUACCAAAGCUGCAGUUUCAGCUAGACGAAAAUCAAUGAGACUACAAAUGCACGAAUCGAAAAAGAAAACAAAUGAAUCUGACUCGGAAGAGUCAGAAGUGAGAUUUCAGAGAAAACGAAAAGCCAUAACUGAUUCAACACCUGCACGAAGGUCAAAACGCCAUGCUAGGGGAAAAAACAUUUAGUCGUUUUGUUGCUCCAGUGUUUG